AUGGCGACAAACAGCAUCAAGUUGCUUACGGGCAACAGCUACCCUCAGCUUGCUCAGCUAGUUGCUGACAGGCUUGGUAUCGAGCUUACUAAAAUCCUAGUCCUUCAGUACUCGAACCAGGAAACCUCUGUUACUAUCGGUGAAUCUGUUCGAGAUGAGGAUGUGUUCAUCCUGCAAUCUACCCCACCCGGCGAUAUCAACGAUGCUCUCAUGGAGCUAUUGAUCAUGAUCAACGCGUGUAAGACUGCGUCCGCACGCCGUAUCACUGCCGUUCUUCCAAACUUCCCCUACGCCCGCCAGGACAAGAAGGACAAGUCCCGUGCACCCAUCACAGCCAAGUUGAUGGCCAACAUGCUUCAGACCGCCGGAUGCAACCAUGUGAUUACUAUGGAUCUACAUGCCAGUCAGAUUCAGGGCUUUUUCAACGUUCCGGUGGACAACCUCUACGCCGAGCCUAGCACACUGAGAUGGAUUCGCGAAAACCUGGAUGUGAAGAAUUGUGUCAUCGUUAGUCCGGAUGCUGGAGGUGCAAAGAGGGCAACGUCUAUCGCAGAUGGUCUCAACUUGCCCUUUGCGCUUAUCCACAAAGAGCGCACUCGGCCGAACGAGGUCUCUAGAAUGACGCUUGUCGGAGAGGUAGCUGGCAAGACAGCUAUUCUUGUCGACGACAUGGCGGACACCUGUGGUACCCUCGUUAAAGCCGCAAGUGUUCUGAUCGACCAGGGCGGAGCAAAGGACGCUAUCGCUAUCGUCACCCACGGUAUCUUGAGUGGAAAUGCCAUCGAAGCCCUAAACGGUAGUCGCCUCAAGAAGAUCGUUGUGACCAACACGGUACCACAUGAGGCGAAGAAGGAGGUUUGUGACCGUAUCGAAACGAUCGACAUCAGUCCCACACUUGCCGAGGCUUGCAGACGUACCCACAAUGGCGAGAGCGUGUCUUUCCUCUUCAAGCAUGCGCCCGUUGAUUAA